UCAUCCAGCUCUACACCUUGUUAUUUUGGAUUCUUCAGCAUCUGCAGUUCCUAUUAUCUCUAAGGUCAAAACAUAACAUUUUCAUGGAGGAGUUAAGAUAUUGUUCUUAGGGCUAAAGGGAUCAAAGGGUAUGGGAAGAAAGUAGGACCAGGGUAUUGAGCUGGAUGUUCAGCUAUAAUCAUAUCGAAUGGUGCAGUAGGUUCUAAGGGCCGAAUGGUCUAUUCCUGCUGCUAGUUUCUAUAUCUCUGCAGUCUCUAUGAGGAGUUUAAACUCAGGAGUGGGCAAAUACAUCCUCCAAUUGCGACUACUGGGUUGACAUAAAAUCAUUUAAAAAGGGUUAGUGCAGUGAUUAUAGCUUCAUUUAUCCAACAUGAACUUUACAAUUUUAGCUGUAGGGUAGUAGACUUUAUCAGGAGCUCUCCUGUUUGAAGAGACGUCAUUCAGAGUAGGAAGGGAAAAAAAAACACGACAAGAAUACUUGUGGAUGUUGAGUUAAAUUGAAGUACAGAUCAGCAGAAUGGCUCUAAACUGCAGGAUAUACUGUCUCUUUGUGCAUAUUCUCCAAAAAAAUUUUACGGUUUACACAAAUAUUAUGUAUGGUUAUGCUGCCUAUUAUGUUCAAGUUGGAAGCAAUAUCUUAUCAACUGUGUGUAACAGUUAUGUUAAGUGCCGUCUGUUCCCGCUCAGUGCUCCUUGGAUUUCAACUCCAAACAUGGUAACCUUUUCAUUGCAAUUUAGCUCUGUUGCCAAGACAAAUUCUGUCUCCCUCUCCCUCUCUCUCUGCGCACACGCGUACACACACAUGCAACCCGGCUUUCACCCUGCCUGCUUGGGCUCCUCAGCGAUUAACUCAAAAAUCCGAAAUCUGCCUCAAGUUUUAUUUUCGAGCAGAAAUGUUUAGGGAAAAUUCAAGUUUCAUCGAGACUAUUUUGUACGAUAGUCCUGGGUGUAAGAUUUUGAGAAAUGGGAGUGAAGGAGCUGUUUACCACUUGGCCAAUGUCAUGUUUACACUGGGCUACAUGAGCGGCAGUGGGUUCUUUGGUCUCGUUUACCUAUUUAGUCUUCUGGGCGUUGGGUUUUUUAUUCAGUCUCUUUGGGGUUGGGUCGAUGCCUGCGGACUGGAUAUCUUUAUGUGGAGCCUGUUACUUUUUGUGUUCUGCUUGGUUCAACUGGCGCACAUUGGUUACCGGCUGAGGAAGGUGAAUUUCGGGGAAGACUUCACGAACCUUUACAAAGCUAUGUUCCGGCCCCUCGAAGUGCCGCUCAGUGUCUACAAGGAGAUCGUGAACUGCUGCGAUGCCGAGGUGACGAGUCUCGCCCGUGAGCAGAACUACGCCGUGGAAGGCAAAACCGCAAUUGACCGCUUGUCUCUGCUGCUCUCAGGCAGAGUUCGUGUUACUCAUGAACAGCAGUUUCUACACUACAUCUUUCCGUAUCAGUUCCUUGAUUCUCCAGAAUGGGAAUCGCUGCGGCCUAAUGAAGAAGGCAAUUUUCAAGUGACCCUGACAGCAGAAACAGACUGUUGCUAUGUGACGUGGAAGAGAAGAAAGCUAUAUAUGCUCUUGGCUAAACAUCAUUAUAUUGCACGCCUUUUCACUGUGAUGCUUGGAAAUGACAUCGCAGACAAACUUUACUCCCUUAUUGACAAGCUGUAUUGCAGGGGUGGGGUCCGCUAUGACAUCCGUCUACCUAGUCUUUACCACGUAUUAGCACCUUCAGUCGAAGCCGAGAAGGAGAUGAUUGCAGAAAGUCCCCAUCAUGUUCCUCAGAGUUCAUUUAGGCCUCAGGAGUCUCCCUUUAAAAAACCAGGGCCGGACAGCAAUGAUCUAAUUGGUGAGGAUUCCACCAGCCUUGUUCUGGAGGACUUUGCAGAUAUGACUGGAUCAUUUAUGGAAUAUACCAGUGAAAGGGAGUACAUGAAAUAGUGGUCCAAUAAAUGUGAUAAAACCCUGUCACUGUCUAGUCAUGUACGUGAACAGUUCCUGGAGAGGCAUUUGUAAGGGGCAGGCACCAUUGGCUCCCACUCAGACACCAGAACUCUGAGUACCAUCACUGUGAACAGAGGCCAGCAUGAGGAAACGUAAAAUACAUACUAUUUAAACUUCCAAUGAAUAUAGAAAAAAAAAUUUCAUAUUAAAUGACUCCAACAUAGGAUUCCACUGUGGCUACUGUGGUUUUCCAAAUAAAGAAUCAGACAUCAUUAUUCCGUCAGGUUGGGAUAAAUCAACAGUAGCAGUACAGUGGGUUACAGUAUUUGUAUGGUAAUUAGUAUAUGACUGAGCAUGGCAAAUUGAAUUACAAUUUAAUUAAGUUUUAUGUUUAAUUGUGACAAAAUAAAUAAAAACCAUUAACAGCGCGGUAUAGUAAUGAAAAUGGAUGGUAAAUUGUCAUAUUUUCCAAUGAAAAUUCUGGCAGGAUUCUGUGAGCAACAUGGUUGAAAUACAUAAAGAAAUUUGUUUUGACUAGUAGGAAACAAGGGUAGAAAUGAAAGGUUAUAUUGUAACAAGGGUUGACUGUUUUGAGUUAAAUGUAGUAUAUUUACCGUUAAAAUAAAGUCACUAGGAGCAUUGGAACUAUUAAAUGAACAAUAUCAAGGUCCAUUAUUUUUCAUUUAUCAGCUUGACAGUCACAAUGUACAGGAACAUCUUAGCAGGCGUGAUAAUGAUGAAAGUCUAAAUUAGUAAAGGUUUGAAAUUUUGUGCAACUGUUGGAAACCGUAUCAUUAAUAUUGUUCAACUUCACAGCUAAUCUGAAUUGAGCAAUUAUCUGAUUUCAAGUUCAUCACUUCUGGAUCGAAACAGAUUAAUUAUGAGAUGGACAUAUGAAUUAAUCAACACAUGCUAAAUGUAUAUGCUUAUGUAUAAUUUUUAUUUAUCAAGUGACAAAUCAACCUAAUUGCAAUAAAAGUGAUAAUAAAGACAAAUGUUUAAACUUGAAUCAAUUAACAACCUUCAGAUUAUGUUGGUAUUAAAGUAAUUCUAAAGGUAAACUCCUCAAUUUUAUCCCACGAGUUCUCUGAACUGAACAGAGAGGUGACCUUAUUAGAACGUAGUGACUCAACAGGGUAAAUGCUGAGAAGGAUGUUUCCCUUCAUGGGAGGAUCUAGGAUCAGAGGGCAUAGUGUAAGAAUAAAAAAUGAGGAAUUUCUUCUUUGAGGAUUGAGUGCCUUUGGAACUCCUUGUGACAGACAGCUGUGGGGACAGAAUCCUUAUAAAUAUUUAAGGGUGAGAUAGAUUCUUGGUCAGUAGGGUAAAUCAAGGGUUAUGAGGAUAAGUCAGGCAAGUGAAAAUAAGGGAUGUCAGAUCAGCCAUGAUCCUAUCGAAUGGUGAAGCAGGCUGGAGGGGGCUGAACAGCUUACUCUUGUUUCUAUUUCUCAUUGCCUUAUGAAUGCUCUCCCUAUUUUCUUUAUUUGACCCCUGUUUAUGACUAGGAUAUAUAUUUGUAUGUGGGUGUGUGCACAUCUAAAAAUUACUUUGCAAUGAAGCCUGUGUAAUAGAGCUUGCCCUGUGAUUGUUCAAACAUGUGUUUUGGUUGCUGCUCCUGAUCAAAGUUCCAUCAAGUCUACUUCCACAUAUUCCAUUUCUUACAUAUUUUCUUUUUACCUCUCCUAGACCCCUCUCUCUGUGGUCACACUUUUAUCAUUUCUCCCCUCUUCUUAUAUACUCUGCACUCCCAAAUUCAACUCCAAUCAAUCAGCAUUCCUCAAACUUCUUAGUAUUGCCAUUCUUUUCUCCUCCCUCCCACACAAAAUAUUUCUAGCCCUUAUCAAAUUUCCUCCAGCCUUACAUUCUCUGAGAUAUUUGCCUUCUCAAAUUCUGACUUCAUAAACAUCCCCAAUUUCAAUUGCUUCAAUGUCAACUGUACGUUCAAUUAAAAAAGUCUUGAGUUCCAGAAUUCCCUCCAUUAACCACUUUAAGAUAUUCCUUUAAGCAAACUGAGGCUCAGUGUCAUAUCUCAAUUAAUAAUUUUCCUAUAAAGUACCUUGGAAUUAUUAAAAACAUAAUUACUGUAACGUAAAUGCAUUGUUAAGUCCAUUUAAUAUUAAUGAACCCAGUAUGUUAAUUAAAUCAAACUGUUGCUUCAUCGGGAAUUAACAAUGCUGUAUGAAUUUGCACUAGCUGUUACGUUGGCAUUUUUUCUGUAUGAUAAGUCUUAUGUUCAGAAUAAUUAUAAUAAUUCCAGCCUUGACUGUUUCUUUACUCUGAUUAAUGAAAUAGAAAACAUGCACACAUGCAUUAGACAAUAUUUCUUUUGAUGCAUAGACUGACAAGACACCUUCACUCAGACUUCAAAUUUGGAAGAAAAUACCCAGACUGACAAUACUGAAGCUUUAACUGCUACACAAGUUUGUUAAAAAUAAUAAAUAAUAAGCUGACACUUUUGGAAUUUACAAUAAUUGGAAAUAACAAUUGGAACUACUGCACUAAGCAGUAAUGUACGCAAUAUUCUUGCUAAUCCAUCAUUAACAUGGAAAGCUCACUGGUUUGACUAUGUCUCUAAAUGCUUCAAAUUCCCAAACAUGAACAGACUAAAAACAUUUAAAAAUGCUUGAAACAAACAAGUGUAAAUAGCUAUUAAAAACACAAACUAAUUACCAUGUGAAAAUUUUAUACUAUGACCCUGUGAAACACCUUAGGAUGUUCCAGCAUGUAAAUGGCAUUAUGCAAG